AUGAAUGUUAUGAAAGAUUAUAUUGGAAAUGAUGAUGAUAGAACAAUAUUUAUUAUUCAAUGUUUAAAUGAUAAAUCUAUUCGUUCUCAUUCAUCUUUUCAAAAUGUAAAUGAAAUUAUUCUUCUUCCUGGAAAUUAUUUUCAAAUUAUUACUAAAUGUCAUGCAGGAAAUGGUUUAAAUAUGCUUCUAUUAAAACAACAACCAUCACUACCAUAUGGAAUAUUUCCUUUAUUUUUGACUACAUCUUUGUCUUUAGCAGAGAAUCAACUAAUUUCAGAAAAUAGAAAUUCUCUUUCAUUUCUAUCAAGAAGAAUUAUAUUUGAGAAAUGGGAAAAAGUCGGAAAAACUGUUGCAGCUGGAAAUGGAAGAGGAAGGGAAUUAAAUCAACUCGAUGAAUCUCGACGAAUCUUUAUUGAUAAAAAUCAAAAUAUUUUUAUUGUUGAUACGCAGAAUUCUCGUAUUGUUCAAUGGAAAAAAGAUGCAAAUAAAGGAAUUGUUGUUGCUGGUGGAAAUCGAGAUGGAAAUAGAAUUGUCCAUUAG